AUGACAAAUCCGUCCGACGUAGACGACUUUAUCGACUCCGAGGACUCAUUUGGUGACGGCGGCAAGGGAAGCAGUAGGCACUCUGCUCAAGCGACCGUCUGUGACAUUCGUCAUAACUUCCAUGGAUCUACAGAGGGACGGUAUCCCUCCUCGUCUCAGCCCAGCCCCAGCCAAGCUCAGCCCGCGUCUGCUACCUCGCCUGGUACCAUGUUCCCACACCGGACACUGCACGGAGCCACCUACCCGGCCCUCGCCAUCACCAGUUCGGGUCACUACAUGGCACACCAUCCUGUGGUCACACAAGGCUCAUAUAAUAGCCUCUUAAACACCACGUCACCUCAAGGCUUUCCAGCGCCCGGAUACUUUUACGCGCAGCCAUAUGGGCAUGGCCACCAAGGAGGUGCUUUCCACAAGAGUUCAGCAAUGCAAACCGGGAUGGUUUUUGGUAAAGCGCAAGUUUAUCUCUGCAAUAGGGCCCUGUGGCUCACGUUUCACAGGCACCAAACAGAGAUGAUCAUCACUAAACAGGGGCGGUGAGUAUUGACCCGUUCCCUUUCUCGCCUCCCUUGCCUUGCAUAAUGUUGGCUAAUGUCAACGUAGUGGGCAAACUGCCGUAAUUAUUUGGACGAAGUAAGAUUGACGUGUUUAUUGAAAACGAGUGGGGUUUAUUAACAAAAUAUGACCACAGCAAUAGUCCAAAUUAUAUUUAAUUUAGUUCUCUAAGUAAAAAAAAGUUUUAGCGGCCUUUUGGAAUUUGUAAAGGAAAUAAGACUCGUCUGAAUCUUUUUUCUUCUUCCAGACGAAUGUUUCCAUUCCUGAGCUUUAAUAUAGCUGGGCUUGAUCCGACGGCAAAUUACAAUAUUUUUGUUGACGUCAGUCUCGCGGACCCUAAUCACUGGCGGUUCCAAGGAGGACAGUGGGUACCUUGCGGCAAAGCUGACUCAAAUGGGGCAGGCAAGUGAUUUUACUUUCCCCCCUUCAAUUCACUCCAAGUAAGAUAUCUGACAAAAAAGUGAGUAAUGUCUUCAAUAAUUAAUUUAUAGGGAACAAGGCCUACAUGCAUCCAGACUCUCCGAACACCGGCGCGCACUGGAUGCGUCAAGAAAUUUCUUUUGGAAAACUGAAGUUGGCAAAUAACAAAGGACCAUUGGAAAGUGCAGGGCAGGUACGUUUAAUAUGGUCCUAAUUUCGUACAGUCCCAAAUAUUUAAGGUGAAAGAGGUCUUGAAAAUAUGCUAUAUUCAAUUCUGGAGACGUUGCAUUGAGAGAUUUUCUUUACAAAAAGUUUUCUUUAAUGCAUUUAUCAACCACAUUGUAUGAAAUAAUACAGAAUUUAUUCUAAUUUUUUUGUCUUUAGUGUAAAAAAAGAAAAUAUAUAUAUUCAAGUUGUGCUUUGUCUCUAGAGAUGGUCACAGAUGUCCCAAUUAACACCUGUUUUUCAUGUCCUCUGUUCAGAUGGUUGUCGUUCAGUCCCUCCAUAGGUACCAACCCCGUCUUAAUGUGGUCGAGGUGCACGAGGAUGGGGCGGAGAACGCCAGUCAACCCAGACAAUCAUUUACGUUCCCCGAGACGCAAUUCGUUGCAGUCACAGCAUACCAGAACACAGACGUAUGGAAAUUCGUUCCUUUAAAUAUUGAUUCAUUUUCUUAAUUGGGGCUAGGCUAAAUGUUUUCAUAUUGGGGUAAAAGUGGUUCACAAAUUUACAAUAGAUUAGACUAGGCCUUUUUAAUGUUUUUCUCUUCCUCUUUCAGAUAACACAGCUGAAAAUAGACCACAAUCCUUUCGCAAAAGGUUUUCGGGACAAUUAUGACAAGUAAGUAAAAAUAUAUUAGCCUAGCCAUUGUUUUAUUUUUUAAUAUCUUACAUAUUUAAAUAUUAUUCUAUUGGAAUUUUUCGAAUCACAAAUUGUGACUAAAAUAUAAACACAUUUAACAUGGUUUGUUUCGAGAUUAAGCUAUGCUUUACGCACGACUUUUUCCCAUUUAUUGGUGACGUUACUGUCACUCCUAAAACAGUCAUUUGUUUUUUUAAAUGAUUUCUUCAAUACCAGCUUUAAUUUAAGGACUAAAUUCUGACGUAAACGAGCUUGAAAUGCAUUACGGAUUUGGAUACGCGUAUGUUUUAGUUCCAAUGGGAAUUUAUGCGUUUACGUGUCAGAAUUCCUGUGGACAGACAAGUUCGAUUUUUUUGCCAAUAUUCUCUUCAAAUAUGUAGUUUUUUAAAUCUAAUGUAAGAAACUAUUGGAGAUUAAUUAGGCUUAAUGGUGUAAGACCUCCGGAGUGCUUUUUUUUAUUUAUUUAUAAUUGCAUGCCAUUGUUACUUCACACGUGUGGAAGGGUUUUAUUUUAAGUCUUCUUUCUCAUAUGUAUUAUUUCCCCAUUUCCUAAUUGAUUGUUUUGGAUGUCUCUAGAAUCUACACAGGCUACGAUAGUGACCGGUUGACGCCAUCACCGAGUGACUCGACCUACGCCCAGUUUGUCCCGGGUGCCAGAUAUGCACUUGCUAAUUCUUUCCUUCAGCACCAAUUCGUCAGCACUUAUGCCAAGUCCUGUUUCCGCCCUAGCGCAGGGGCUACGUCUGGACUAGACUAUAACGUCCCCUUAACCAACAGCAUGCUGUCACCGCAAACCAGCGAGGAGGACAUGGUGGCGGCAUCACCGAGAUGGUUUGUCACACCAACCAACAACAGACUGGACUAUGCCUCCCGCACAAAUGACGCGACUGGAAACACGGCCACUUUGCUGUCAUAUGCAGCAGCUGGAAAGGCACUACAGCUGUCCGCAACAGACUGUUCGGGUAGAGCCCUUACUUAUUACACAGAACCAACGGAUUUUGCGCGUACCUCACCCCAGUAUUGCGGUGCGACUAGCCCGGCGCUAUCCUGCUGGACUAACGGACACGCUAUUGGUACUGCGAACUUUGACGAGGUCCACUCACUUUCAAAGGAGAGUUUGCCAACGGGUGUCUCUGAAGACGCAAAACCACAAGAUAUCUCGGAGUCUAGUUGGCUAGAGACAUCAUAAACUGAAUUGAAGAGAUAUUCCAUCCUAGGGUAUUGACACUAACGACAGCAGUCUAGAUACCCAUCUGGACAUCGUGAAUUCGUUUUUUCAUUAGACUGCAUUUUUGGAUUAGCCUACAGUGGGCUAUGGAUAUGACUGCAGUAUUAAAAUGUUAACGACAAAAUAAUAUAUUUAAGCUAUAAUGUAUCUAUUUAACAUUAGCUGUAGGCCUACUGUAGAUGUUUUAAUUGAAUCCUGUUUUCUAAUUUGACUGAUUUGAUUGAUAGAUUUUGAUUUGUUGAAUACAUUUUUGGAAAGUGUUCAUGUCUUAGCCUGCAUUGAGUUUCAUAAACAUGAU